ACCGGGUUGCAUAACUCCUAUCUUUUGUCACUAGAUGUUUUUCCAAGCAGUUACGAGGGCUGUUAAAUACAGCCAAAAAGAACUUUGUAACAUUACGUGGCAGGUAACGCGUGGACGCAGUGCAAAAUUACUCCUACCAAUUCCUUCAGGGUAUAUAACCAGAAUGUCUUGCCAAAGCAAAGGCUCUUGUCAGGAUUUGCAGAAAAAACUGACACCCCAGCAAUUUAAAGUGACCCAGGAAAGAGGCACAGAAAUGGCUUUCACGGGCAAUUUUUAUGAUCAUCACGAAAAAGGAACUUAUACAUGUGUCUGUUGUGAUAGUCCACUCUUUAGUUCAGACACCAAAUAUGAUUCGGGUUCUGGAUGGCCAUCCUUCUACAAAACUCUAGAAGUAUCUCAAUCAAUGGAGAGUGUAGAACGUAUCCCAGAUACCAGUCAUGGAAUGAUGAGGGUGGAAGUGGUGUGCAGAAAUUGUAAGGCACAUUUAGGACAUGUGUUUGAUGAUGGGCCAAGGCCCACUGGAGAACGCUUCUGCAUUAAUUCUGCGUCCUUGAAUUUUGUAGGAAGUGAGAAAGAGUAAUGAUGAAUUUAUAUUAUUUCGUGAUGUAUUUGAAGCUACAUGUAAACAAGUGGAUCAAAAGAAUAAUGGUUUGGAGUAUCCAGAUUCUA